CUGGUAUAUGAGGCCCAUGGUUUCCCUCGUGUAAGUUUGAUUUCUUUUUUUUUCCUUCCUCAGGUCAGCUUGAACACAUCCAUUCGAAGGCUCUGUUCUCGCAAAGCUCCUUUCUCACCAUGUCGGAGAAACAUACGGCGGAGAUCUCCCACCUGGAUUCGUCCGAUGUGCAGGUCAAGGGGGUCCACAAUGCGGCGCUGGCUGCGGCCACCACCCAGCAGAAGCCCAGUCUAUGGACCAAGAGCAUGUUCAAGCUGUACGGUUGCAUCGCCGUCGCCAUGCUCAACUCUUGCAUCAACGGAUACGAUGGCUCCUUGAUGGGUUCGAUUAACAGCUACCCGCAGUACCGCGAGUACUUUGGAUUCGACCCGGACGCCGGUACCCCCUCGACGGGGAUCGUAUACGCCAUCUACACCAUCGGCAACAUUGUGGGAUCGUUCACGGCGGGUCCCUUUACCGAUUUCAGGGGACGCAAAGUCGGCAUGGCGAUCGGCGCCAUCUUCAUCAUCAUUGGAACCUGCGUGCAAGCCUCGUGCCACAACCUGGGCGGGUUCAUGGGGGGUCGGUUCCUGCUGGGAUUCGGAGUGGCCACCUCGGCCACUGCGGGACCGGCGUAUGUCUCUGAAAUCGCUCAUCCGGCCUACCGUGGUGCCCUGACGGGUCUGUACAAUGUGCUCUGGUUUGGCGGCGGUAUCCCGGGAACCUUCAUCCCCUGGCGGACGAGUCGCAUCCAGAGCGACAUGAGCUGGCGCAUCCCCAUCUGGCUGCAGAUGGUGUUCUCCGGGCUGGUCUUGAUGUUUGUCUACUUCCUUCCUGAGUCCCCCCGUUGGCUCAUGUCUCACGACCGCCACGAAGAAGCCCUGAAUGUUCUCGCGGAGUACCACGGCGAGGGGGACCGCAACGCCCCUAUCGUGCAGUUGGAAUACCGCGAGAUGCUGGAGGAUAUCUCCAAGACGGGUUCGGAUAAGCGCUGGUGGGAUUACCGGGAGCUGUUCAACACCCGCGAGACGCGGUACCGGUCGAUGCUGGUGAUCUUCAUGGCUCUCUUCGGCCAAUGGUCCGGCAACGGACCCGUCAGUUACUACUACCCGCAGAUGCUGCGCGGCGCCGGCGUCACCAGCAACAGCACGCAGCUCCUGCUGCAGGGGCUGCAGAACGUGGUCUCGCUGAUCGGGGCCGUCUCCGGGGCGCUGCUGACGGACCGCAUCGGCCGUCGCGUGCAGCUGCUCACCUCGACCUCGCUCGUCGUGGUGCUGUUUGUGAUCGUCACCGCGCUGAACGCGACCAACGUCGUCGACGGGCCCGACGGCACCCCGACCGCCAAGAGCGGCAUCACGGCGCGCGCCCAGAUCGCGAUGAUCUUCAUCUUCGGGUUUGUGAUCUCCGCCGGCUGGACGCCCAACCAGGCGAUGUAUCCGGUCGAGUGUCUGCGGUAUGAGUCGCGGGCGAAGGGGAUGGGGAUGAACAAUUUCUUCGUGAAUAUCGCCUCCUUCUACAACACCUUCGUCACCGGGAUCGCGUUCACCCGCGCCGGAUGGAAGUACUACUUCCUCUUCAUCUUCUGGGAUACCCUCGAGGUGAUUGUCAUCUACUUCCUUUUCGUGGAGACCAGCAAGCGCACCCUGGAGGAGUUGACGGUCAUCUUCCAGGCCAAGAACCCGGUCAAGGCCUCGUUGAAGCGGGAUGAGGUGCUGGUGGCUGGGGGGGAGGUGACGCAGAUGACCAAGGAGACUGAGGCGUGACGUGACUCCUUGAAGGGGGGAGCUAUGGUGGAACGCGUAGGGAGUACUAUAAUGGGAGGUGGUAGUUUGGAUGUGGUGAUUGGAUGGUGCUAUCGAGUCAAAUUAUUCUUACGAAUGAGCAGCUGGUGGUUCUUAUGUAGUACCAUAGUAGGGAGGGACAUUGGCUUGCUUCCUGUCGGGACUGGUGUUCCCAUGUAUAUUCAACAGAGUAGGAAGAUGAAGUGUUACUCAAGCUACAAUACUUC